UUUUUUUUGGCCUCCAUAGCUCUCCACACUCUCUCAAGCCCUCCUCUCUCACUCUCUCUCUCUGUCUCUCUCUCUCUCUCUCUCUCUGCCAUGGCCAACUUUACCACUCACCACCACCAACACUGUCCCUCCACACUCCUCCGCCUCCUCCUUGUCCUCCUCCUCUCCCUCCAUCCCCCUCAGUCCUCCGCGUCCUCCACCUCAUCAUCUGCCUCGAUCCACGACCUUCUGCGGUCGAAGGGCCUGCCGGGAGGCCUCCUCCCAAAGGCCGUCCGGUCCUACUCCUUCUCCAGGGAGGGCCUCCUUGAGGUGUACCUCGACGGACCAUGCCUGACCCGGUUUGAGAGCCGAGUGUACUUCGAGAGCGUGGUCAAGGCCAACCUCACCUACGGAAGCCUCACUGGAGUCGUCGGGCUUACCCAGGAGGAGCUCUUCCUAUGGCUCCCCGUGAAGGGCAUCAUCGUUGACGAUCCUAACUCGGGCCUUAUACUGUUCGACAUCGGGGUGGCACUCAAGCAGAUGUCCCUCUCCCUGUUCGAGGACCAGCCCGACUGCAAGGCUCAUCAUCAAGAUCAUCAAGGUGUGCUGAAGAAUCAUGUGAGGAAGGAGAAGGGAUUUGAGGGCUUGAGAUAAAAGAAGACAAAUGCAUGCAAUUUGGCCAAAACCAAUUUCACCUUUCUCAUGUUCUUCUUUUUGUCUCUUCCUCUGUAAUAAUUAAUGAGGAAAAUGUCGGAUGAUAAUAGUGAAAUUAAGUAUAAUUAAGUAGAAAUGUGAAUGGGUUAAUUAGGAGUUAAUUAGAAGGAUCGAGGGGAUUUUGUGUAAAGAUGUCAAGUUUGGAAUCAUGAUCAGUGUCCUAAUCAAAGUUCGAGGGUUCUGAUUUUCCAGCCUUA